AGUCUUUCAUUGUGUUGGAAUGAACUAGUGCGAAAUGGGCAGCGUUCGGGCAUUAGCGCAGAUCAGUCAUUGCGCUUUUAAACGCGAUAUAUUCCUAACAAUAUCACUCAUUAUGUUGAACUGCUAUCGGUAACAUGAACCGGACCGACCACAACACCGAGCGAAACGACAUUUCCAUGCGUUAAACGACAAAUGUUUUCAUUUAGCAAAAGCGGAGAAGCGCUAGUGAUGAACGGGAUGUGUUUGGGAUUUUUGCCGUGUUGUCUGGCGAUCGUCUGUGGAAACCGAAAGCGAUUAGAACGUGCCAAAGCUCAUUGAGAGUUUGAUGGAGUUUCUGUAAAGGGUUCAAGGACAAUCAAAGUCAAUUUCGUCUUUUUCAGUGAUAAAGUAGAUGAUGUUUGACUGCAUGGAUGUUUUAUCGGGACACAUGCUGGAGUUUUACUCUUCCAGUCCUUCAUCAUGUAUGUUACAGGAGAAAGCGCUGAGCGCGUGCUUCAGCUGGCAUCAGCGCCGCACCAAACAAUCCAUUGAGACUCAGAGCACCAGUUCUGAGGAGUUGGUUCCUAGUCCCCCAUCUCCUCUUCCUCCUCCACGAGUCUACAAACCCUGUUUUGUCUGUCAGGACAAGUCCUCGGGGUACCACUAUGGUGUCAGCGCUUGUGAAGGCUGCAAGGGUUUCUUUCGCAGAAGCAUCCAGAAGAACAUGGUGUACACAUGUCACAGGGAGAAGAACUGCAUUAUCAACAAGGUGACGCGAAACCGUUGUCAGUACUGUCGCCUGCAGAAGUGCUUUGCUGUGGGAAUGUCCAAAGAAUCUGUUCGGAAUGACAGGAAUAAAAGGAAGAAGGAGAUUCCAAAGCAGGACUUAACUGAGAGUUAUGAACUGACCGCAGAGAUGGAGAUCGUAAUUGAGAAGAUAAGAAAAGCACAUCAGGAGACAUUCCCUUCACUCUGUCAGCUGGGCAAGUACACCACGAACUCCAGUUCAGAUCAUCGUGUGCGGUUGGAUCUGGGUCUCUGGGAUAAGUUCAGUGAACUAGCUACUAAAUGCAUCAUUAAAAUUGUGGAGUUUGCCAAACGAGUUCCUGGUUUCACUGGACUCACAAUGGCUGAUCAAAUCACGCUACUCAAAGCCGCCUGCCUCGACAUACUGAUCCUGCGUAUCUGCACACGCUAUACUCCUGACCAGGAUACAAUGACGUUCUCUGAUGGGUUGACGCUAAACCGCACACAGAUGCACAAUGCUGGCUUCGGGCCACUCACUGACCUGGUGUUUACCUUCGCCAAUCAACUCCUGCCGAUUGAGAUGGACGACACAGAGACAGGACUGCUGUCUGCUAUCUGCCUCAUCUCAGGAGACCGGCAGGAAUUGGAGGAGCCCUCUAAGGUGGACCAGCUCCAGGAACCUUUACUGGAGGCACUAAAAAUCUAUGUGAGGAAGCGCAGACCCAGUAAACCACACAUGUUCCCCAAGACACUCAUGAAGAUCACAGACUUGCGCAGCAUCAGUGCUAAAGGUGCAGAGCGUGUGAUUUCUCUAAAGAUGGAGAUUCCUGGAUCAAUGCCUCCUCUGAUUCAGGAGAUGCUGGAGAACUCCGAGGGACAACAGGAUGGGCAGAACUCCACAGAGCGGAGUGGCCCGGAUAAGAGGAAAAGCAGCUCAAAGCCCUCCGCCCCUUUUCCAAAGCCCACGGACGGCUCCGAUGCAGUUUCCUCUAAUGAGGAACACUAGACCCAUCCCUUCAGACUGUCAGAGAUAUUACUUUGCACAGUACAGGUGAACUGGAGGUGUGCCUCUUAAGCCUUCAGUGUUUUUCUAAUUGAAUUAUUUGACCCUUUAUCCUGCUUUGAGAACAAAUAAUGACCUACUUACUGGUUUUAACAGCUGUGACAAAUGUGAAGCUCCUCAGGUCCCCUGUAUGGAUUUCUUCAUGUGCAUGAUAAGCUCUUACUUUAAAUAAGUGAUUUUUGCUGUUGCUGCGUACAUUGUACAUAUCAUCAUGCAGUCAUGUCUCUGUUUUUAUGAUAAAUUUGGUGGUGCUUUUGCAUCAUCUUUAAAACUGCAAUACAUUCAAUUUAAACUUACUGAUACACGUAUAUAAAUGCUACUAUUUAGAUUUUCUUGCAUAUUGGCAAGUCUUAAUAUUUCACAUUUGUUUGUAUAUUUAAUGCUGAGAUUGCACUCUAUUCUUUUUUAUUUAUAAUGGUUUUAGGCCUUUAUAUGGAAGAAGACUUUAGACUGUAACCAACCAGUCAUGUAGUAGAUUAACUCUUAAGUCUGGGUUUUGUUUCACUGCAACAAAUCCAAACACUUAAUCAGUGUUACUGUAGAAAAAACUCUGGUUUUACAGUUUUAUUCAUUUAAAGAAUUAACUAUAACUAUUAUUAAAAAUGAAAACUGUCAUGUAAAUCCAGAUUUAUACCUGUACAAAUACAAAUACAUUUCAGAUUUUGAACUGUCCUUUAAAUAAGAAUGUCAAGAAGUGAAAUUGUUCCUUUUGUUUGGAUAAGAAAUACUUGUCAUGGUUUGAUGUGUGUUUUCAGAUGAUUCCAGUGCAGUGGAUACUGGAAGUCUUAUUUAAGUAUUUUGGAAUGGUUAAGGCUCAUUUCAUCACUCUAAACGCACAUGGAUUCAGGGUCCUUUGACCAGAAUCGUCUACUGUAUAUCAUUUACAUAAGUGUCUUUAUUUGCAGUAAAUCAACGGGUCAUUGCAGUGAUUUGCAUCAUGCCUAAAAACCCACCCGGCGAGCGGAUUGUACAUUAACGUCUGUGUUCAUUCUGUUGGGAACCUGGUUUCAUGAACAGAGAUGUUUUUAUUUUAUUCUUAAGUGGAUCAUUUUUUGGGACAUUUUCUGACAGGGUGAUACGACAGACUUUACUGUAGCUCUGAUCAGUAAGCUGUGGCUCUUAACCAAAGAGCUUUAUUUAAACUGAUUGUGAGUUUGUAAAAUACCUCUUAAUGAAAUGCAAGUGUUUCUGGGUUACAAUCAUUGGCUGAUUUAUGACUAGAGUCAAUGCAAAGCAUCUUUAUAUAUAAUAUAAAGGCUUUGGAAUGGGUCGUCCUGUUUUUCUGCAUCAAGACAAUUUGGUUUCUUAUCUCUCACUGCACUUAAACCGAACUCUUGAGGGGACAGGAGACAUGUAACUUAAUAUUACUUAACAUAAAUUUCUGUCCUUAUUUGACCUUUCUUUUGCCUUCUAAGGGUGAAUGAUUGACAUGUUUUCUCUGUUCCCUUUCAGUCGGUCACUCCGAUGUCACGGCGAACUCUUUGGGAACUUGCUUAGAGAGACCAAUCUGCUUCGUGUGUCUAAAAAAAGAGGCAGUAUAUAAUGGCAUGCAGUAUUGGCAUCUGCUGGCAACGCCCCGCCGGGCGAGUAUAAACUGAGCAGCAGGUGCAAUGCAUCUUCUCUUUGGCUUCGGAGCCGAGUGUCUCUGCUAAGUAGAACCGUGUGAGCUGGAAGCUUUUCUCUGCUGUCUAAAAAACUGAUCUUAGGCUCUACUGCGGGCGGAUUUUAACAUCAAGUUUGCGGUGGCCAUUUCCACUGUCUGCCUCAGUGAUCACAAAGACAGCUUUCCCUAAAGAGCUUGCACGGUCUGAUUUAAGCCUUUUAAGACUUUUUCUCCUGUGUACACAGUCUUUUUAAAGAUGCCUUUCCACCCACGUGUUUCUGGGUGCAGCCGGUUAAUCGAGUUCAGCACGCCGAGGUGGCUUUCGUGGACGGUCAUGUUCCCAAUAGGGGAAGAUGCCCACUGCCGAUCUGAGAACGCAACUCCCAUGCCAGCCUCUUCCAACAGUUCUUGGUGGGCCUCUUACAACACAACACAUGCGACCAGCACCCCUGCUCUGCUUGGCUGCCAAAAUGUGGGUACAUCUGUGGUGCCCCUAGUUCCGCUCGCACAAUUUGUAGGAGCUUGGUUAGAGCUACCCAGCCCGUCGCUAUGGCUCAUCCACAUCAUCAAACUCGGCUAUGCGAUUUAGUUCGCCUGGUGUCCCCAUCAGUUUGCCAGCAUCCACUUCCCUUUAGUGAAAGCUGCAGAUGCCCACAUCUUGUGGGUGGAGGUCGCGACCUUACUGGCGUAGGGCGUAAUAGAGCCGGUCCCUCUAGCCGACAUGUGGUCUGGGUUUUACAGCCCUUACUUCAUAGUACCCAAGAAAGGUGGUGGGUUCCAUGGAUCUGGGAUCUGCUUCGUCUGAAUCGUUCACUACACAAGAUGCCGUUCAAGAUGCUUUUGCAAAAAUGUAUUUUCCAAUGCGUCCAUCCCCAAGAUUGGUUUGCAGCCAUCGACCUUAAGGACGCAUACUUUAUUGUCUCAAUUCUUCCCUGACACAGUCUUAAAUUCCGGGCUGUCCCCCUCUCCCCGUGUCUUCGCAGAGGCUGUCCCCCCAGGCAGUCCAGCUGGAGAUGUUUUGGGACAGCGCAGGUAGACCUGAUUGCAUCCACAGAAACUUCCCACUGCCACCGGUUUCAUUCUCUGACUGAGGAAACUCUUGGCACAGAUGCGCUGGCACACAGCUGGUCUGCACAAAUAUGUGUUUCCCCCAGUGGGCCUUUUUGCACAGAUGCUGUGCAAAGUCAGAGAAGACGGGGAGCGCAUCAUACUAGUGGCUCCUUACUGGCCAACCAGGACUUGGUUAACAGAACUUCUACUCCUCGCGACAGCCCUAUGAUUCCCUAUAUGGCACCCGCAUCCUAGUCCUUGGACAGGAUGGGAAGGUUAAGUGCUUACCCCAGGAGGUAGUAAACACAAUUACUUCGGCACGAGCACCAUCUAUGAGACACGCUUAUGCACCAAAUUGAAACCUGUUCUUUGAGUGGUGUACUUCUCUACGAGGAGACCCCAGAAGAUGCCUGGUCAGUAUUGUGCUCUUUUUGCAGCAACGGUUGCAGAGGAGGCUGUCCCCCUCCACCCUUAAAGUCUACAUCGCUGCAAUCUCCACCCACCAUGACCCCAUAGAAGGUAGGUCGUCAGCACAACCUGGUCAUCAGGUUUCUUUUGGCUCUUUUUAUUGCAUAGUACCCCACGGUUUUGUUUGAGUCGGGUCUGCUUACUUUUGGGGGCUUUUCCACUGGGUGCAGUGUGUAGUACCCAACCUUUUUUAGUACCACCUCGGCUGAUACCAAAACGUGAUGCUAAAACACAGUGUCAUUGCUGUAAUGUAAAAGAUUAGUUUUACCUUCAUGCUAGCUUGCGCUGUCCCGAGCAAACAUGUUGUCAUCUGUGCUUUUUGCUGUAAGUUCCCAAACUCCAUUUUAGGGAUGAAAAACAUCCACAUGUUGAGAAUCAGGGACACCAUAAAAAUUUUUUUUCCAGACUUGCAGUUUGCGUUGGCACAUUCGCAACCCGCAGGUCUGCAUAUAUGCUUAAAUGCAACUUAAACAGGGCUCAGUGGAGCCCGUUGACUGAUGCUACAGGUUUUUGUACAGAGACUUUCAUGUGAGACAGAGGUAGGGAUAAACGCCAUGUUCAAACAUCUAUUUUUAGUGGUCACUUUUAAUUUUGUGGCGGACUGAGAAAUACAUAAAUGUAUGGGAAUGUACAACAGCGCUCUCACUUGUAUGAUGUCACAGCAGUAGGCAGCGCAAAUAUAACGACACGCCUAUAAUCCCUCCCACUCCAAAGUGAUACUAAACUCGAUGGAAAAGCUAACCAAGCCAAAGUGAGGUGAGCUGACCCGACCUGACCCAAACCAAACCGUGAGAUAGUAUGCAAUGGAAAAGCGCCAUUAGAGGGGCGAGGAGAUUAAAUCCACCUUGUCCCCCCUCUAUACCCUCUUGGGACUUGUCCAUGGUGCUGAAGUCUUUCCCUUGGAGCUGUUGCAUUCAGCGCAUAUCAAGUUUCUGCCUAUGAAAACUCUGAUCCUGCUUGCAUUGACCUUGAUAAAGAAGGAAGAGGAAGUACCCCAUGGUGCUUUGGUAGAGAUUCACAAUUCAUCGCUCACCGACGUGACAUCAGAGUGACCGACUGAAAGGGAAUGUCUCGGUUAUGGAUGUAACUCUAGUUCCCUGAAGGAAGGGAACGGAGAUGUCACGUCCCGUCACCACGGUUGUUGUACCAUUGCUGAGUUGGUCAGAGCUCCCAGGCUCGGCUCCUCAGCGAAAAAGUACUCAUGCAUUGCACCUGCUGCACGGUGGGGCGUCGCCAGCAGAUGCAAAUACUGCAUGCCAAUAUUCAUUGGCUCUUUUUUAAACACACAAAGCAGUUUGGUCCCUCCAAGCGAGUUCCCAAUUCGUUGGUCACCGACGUGAAAUCUCCGUUCCCUUCCUUCAGGGAACGAGGGUUACAUCUGUAACUGAGACAUUGUACUGUAUAACUGUACCUGUAUAACUGAAUUUAUUUAAAAGAUAGUUUAGCUUACUUGUUCAGUGUCUUUUCUAUGUAAUGGAAAUGGAGAUUUGACAAAAAGACAAAAAGCAUUUUUGCUUUUAGAUAUCAAUAUCACUUGGCACUCUUCGAUAUGAGAAAAAAGGCUGUGAAAAUAAAUCUGUAUUGUUUAUUUUUUUAUCUUUUACUUUUCCACUUUGAAAUUGUGAUGGCACUGAUCAUAAAGGCUGCUAAUAAUUCUAAUCAGAACUGUAUCCACGUGAAUGUCAUUUGAGAAUGGAUUUUCAGAAAACAAAAUUAAAUCUCGUUUAUCAUUAUUCCCUCUUUGGAGCAUGACAGCUGUGUUCACUGUCUGCUUUAAUUUAAUGUUAAACAUCAGCAUGAACAUCUCAUAUUGUGUUCUACUUUGGGUUCCACUUAAAAUAGGUUUGCAAAUGCCAUUUUGGGGUGAACUUAAUGUUCUUAACGUUCACACAAGUGGAAUAGGUGAAUGUUUAAGUAUAUGAUAUAUAUAUAUAUAUAUAUAUAUGAUAUGAUUUAUCUUUCUGGCUCUCAGUACUCUCAGUACGUCAUCACAUGUAUUUUAGGAAGGAGUUCUGUAUCCAUAUUUUGUCUUUCACAAUGAAAGCUUUUUGUUUUUUCUGACGCUGCAGUGAAAUGAAGCAGCUCAUGGAUGUCUUUUUAAACAUGACCCAUUAUAGUUCUAUUAUAGUAUGCAUACAAUCAGUGCUGUAAGUUAUGGAACCAUUAUCCAUUGGCAUUUAGAAAGACUUAGUUCACAAAAAGUCAUCAAUUAUCAUAAUUUUCAGUACCACAAACCUGUAUGACAUUCUCUUGUAGAACACAAAAGGAGAAUUUUUUUACUGGUAAUUUUACUGGUUGCAAUUUAUAUUUUACAUUUACAUUCAUGCAUUUGGUGUCGUUUUAUCCAAAGUGACUAACAUGCUGAUAAAAUACUGUAUAUCUUGUUAUACACUGUGUUCUUGGGAUCUAAUCUAUGACCUGAUUGCAUUGCUCACAAACUGCAUUACCAAUUGAACUAUAGGAACACAUUAUAUGGGAGUGCAUGCAGAAUAUUAUUUUUUUAAUUAAUAUUUUGUUUUAUUACAUAUGUUCAAACUUGCUUUUGAAAAGUCUUAAUUGGAAACAAUUGGUCAUCUGAUGUUUCUUGUUUAGAUAAAUCUUGUAUAGUCAACUCUGUACAUCUUGCCUUUAUUGUUGUGUUGAAUGUGAUGUUGUUUUAUGUUUGUCAUUAGUGUCACAGCACGCACACAACAGUGUGCUGAUAUAUCUUUAUUUACUAAUUAUGUUGUUCCUGUUGCCAUACUGUCCUGCUGGUUUCAAACGCUGCACAGGACAAUAUCAAUCAAUCCAAUUCAUAUGUUUAUAAGAAAAACAGAUUAAAAAUUUGAAACUAAUCAAACAGCAGGGUGAGUAAAUUCCAACAAAUAUCCCAAAGUCUUUCAGAAAAAGAGAUUUGUCAACUAUUUAUUUUCAUGUCACAGUUUUUCUGAAUAGCUUAAACACAUUUCUUGAAAUUAACUCUCGCUUUUGCAAAACAGUAAACACAAACCACAAAAUUCAAGCCAGACUGUCAAAACAUUGGGCCUGACUUGCUAAAUCAAACAGUUGCUCCGAAAUUAUAUUAUCUUUACACAAAACCAAACACUGUUGUCAAAUAACACACACAGCCAAUGCAUAAACACUACGCAUCAACACACUACAUGGAUAAAUGCAAAACACUACACUCUGGGCAGAGCAGGGGAAAAAAUAUUUUUUUUAUAAUGUACUUGCACAUUUCUGCAAUUAUCAAAACCUACCACAAAGAAAAUCUGCAGCAGAAAUAUAGCAAGCAAUUUGUCAUUUAUUCUGCCUCAUCAUCAUGCCUCUGGGCAUGGAUAGGCCACUGGACCUCAUCUACAUCAUAGGCCAUCAUCGCUCCUGCUAAAGAAAGGGAAAGAAUCCUUUAGCAUGCCGAAUCUAACAUUUAACAGGUUCCACUCCUACUGUAUGUUGUCACAUGCUGCAUCCAUUGAUUGGAGAUGUUCCUAAGGGUUUCCUGAAUGUCCCGACUAUGGAUGCCAAUGAGGACCUGUUUAUAUUACUGCACUGUAGGUUGAAUGAAUAUGAGGGAAGCAGGACUACAUUCUCAUAUUCAUUUUAUAAACCAGAACAUGGGUGUAUAAUUGAUGCUCUAAUUAUAUGUUAAAUUCUUCUGGAAAUCACACAUGCUAUUUGUAUUUGACCUGACUUUAUAUCCUGAUUACUGAUUAGGUUCAACACAUUGCUGAUUGGACACAUGUCUGCUAACUUUUGAAUGGUUGUGUGUUAACGAUGUGUUAGUUGUGUUACUUUUGGGGCCUGUGUUGUGCCAUUCUGAGUUGAAGUGCACCACACUGCUAAAUGUGUUUUUUUUUAAAUUAGAAUGUAUUUACAGGUUUGCAAAAUGGGUGAUUCAGAUUUGUAAAUGGUGUCUUAAACACACGAGGAGUGUUUAAAAUUGUGCAAACUGUGUAAUUCUAUCAAUAAAGCCGUUUUUACAUUUGACACUUUUGUUUAGAAAUUGGGAUUUAGUUUAUCAAUUCAGAAAAACUGUCAGUUGUCAAUCGCAUGAAAUAAUGGCAACAGUCAUUUCGCUCUGUGUUAACCUGAUGGAUUACUCCUUUAACAUUUAAAAAUCAUUAUUUCUAAUAGAAAAAUUCAGUAAACAAAAUACAGUAUUUAAACAAAAGUAAACAAAAUUCAGAAAACACGAGUCUGGAAACACCAACUUUUUUUUUCAAAUAACCUUUUACAGUGCUCAUGCUCUUAGGUGUGCAAUCUGCUUGUUAAUGAAUUUAUGGACCCGAAGGGUUCAAAUAAUGACAAUUUAAGAA